UGCCUCCGGACGUGUCACGCAGCACAAGUGCAGGAAAAUGCGAUCACGCGCACACGCACACAUCGGCAGCUCAACACAGGACCGUCCACAGCAGCAGCAAAAAUGUAAAAUAAAUCACGCGGAUUAGAGGAUAAUGUGCGUCGACUGCCGUCUCCAUCAUGUUCCCGGGAGUCAUCUAUGCAUUACUGGCAGGCUUCCUCGGAGCCGUGGCGUCGUCGUCGGCCAAGCUGUCCCUCGGAGCGGACUACCUGAAGGGAGUCUGUGAAACCGGACUCCGGACGUGGGGAGAGCAGCGGAAAUUUCGUCAAGCGGACGAAACUACAGCGUGUGACCGGCUCCACAUCCCUCUGAGGCUCCUGUGUGGCGGACUUCUUUUCACCUGCAACGCUGUGAUGUGGACGUUCCUCGCCAAAGCUCUCAGGUAUUCCUCGUCCUCCACCCGAGCCACUGUGACCACCACUGCCUCCAACUUCAUAUCUUCCGCUUUCCUGGGCCAGCUGAUCUUUGGGGAAGCUCAGAUCACACUGUGGUGGGUUGGGAUUUCUCUGACCUUCUCUGGGCUGUUGGUCCUGCAGAGAGUUUCACCACAGGAUAGACACCAGAAUGCAGUCGCCAUGAAGGACGAAUGACACCACCAGCUGGCUGUGUUGUGCUGUGGCUGACACCGCCUAUUGCUUUUCUACAAAAAAAACCAAAGACCAGUAAAAUCUGAAACUUUACUUGCUCUUUUAGUCGCAGGGCAGACAUUCUGCAGUGAGAGAACAAGAGGAAUUUGUUGUAGUCUUCCAGUCAGAUUAAACUAUUCCCAUUUGUCCUGUAAGACGCUGACGGUUUGGCAGUUUUCUCAUGAAACCCUGACGAUGCAGCUAGAGGAGAUGCUGGCUCAGAGUCAGCUACAGCACAGCUACAGAUUGGCUGGUGGGGAGAAGCUGAGCAGAUGCGUCCCACAAGCUCUGAAUAAUCAGGAGGUGCACAAAGAGGCAGACAUUAUUUUAGCUUCAUUUUACUUUUGGGUAAUCCAGGCAACACAGCACAAAAAAUGAAACCGUAAGCUGAAAGCAUAUAAAGCUGAUGCAAAAAAUAAAAACUGGAGUUUUUACAGGGAAGUUAACAUUUGUGGGUUCAUUGUUGAGAUUUUGAUGGGAGAAUUGUUAUCGUUCUCGUGUCUGUGCAUUACAAUAGAACCGGUCAGAGUCGGGGGUAAUAACAGGAAACAGAAUUAGUUUGAUCUGUGCAGGUUUCGUGAUUCUAUGUGAUAUGUGCAUUUUGUUCCCUAAUGUAGUUUCGCUAACUACCUCUUCUGUAAUAGUUACACAUGUGCAGACACGGGAGUGAUAGCAAGGCUUUCCUCUGCAAAACAACAGAAAUAAAUAGAUUUUUUUUUAUCUGGAGGUAUGCAGCCCAUAAACUUGAGUAUAAAAGAUGGAAGUAGCCCAUGUGAUAAGUGCAGUUUAAAAUUUCAAGCGCGGCACUUUGGCUGCAACAGUGUUAGCAUUUUGCUUACGAAUUAUGCUGUCAGAGUUGUAGAAAUUAUUGCAUAGGUACAUUUAUACUUUGAUCAGCUCGGCCUAGGCGGGGAGGUUGUGUUUAUGCAAUUUUCCUGGGAAUGUAGAUGUGGGCGAGGACAUGGGCGAGCUCCGUUAAAGUGGAGCGGAGAAGCUUGUGGUGUCUUUCCUAAGCGCCGCAAGUUACAAAAGCGGACGUGAGCAGUGUUGCUUCUGGAGACUCUGACAUGAAGCACACAGCUUUCUACACUUCCUGCAGCUUACUACGAGGCUACCGUUGGCUGUUGUCCCAUCAAAGAGCGCUCAGUCAGUCCUCGCGUUGCAGUUGCAGCUGCGACCAAUCCAAGCUCCAAUCAGAUGUUUACCACGCUGCAUAGAUUGUCUGUGAAUCGCGCAGGUGGGAAGUUGGCACUGGCGGAUUCUACUCACACCAAUCAGAGGCUCCCACUAGUAGGCAGGCAUGAGGAGUGACAUAUUUUUAGCCAACCAUAGGUGAGUGUGUGUGGUCGGUUCAGCACAAAACGAACCGCAGGGAAACAGGGUCGAAAAGUGUACGGCUUCAUGCGGACAACUCUAGUGUAAAUGCAAUGACCCUACCAGAGCCAGACCGAGCUGACCCAAGUGUAAAGGCAGCUUAUGAAUUAGUGAAAAAGUAAUAACUUGCAUUAUUGUCAUUUUACUCAAAAUUGGGCUAAAAUGCACUAAUCCCAAAAUUCCACUACCUCCGCUCCGCCCCCGCCUUCCGCAGCCGCUCGCUUCCGAACUCAGUUUUUACUGGUACCCGCUCUACAACGGCUCCGCUCCGGUGCGGAGACCUGUGGUGCGCAAACAGGCAUGCGCGGGAUUUUCGAGAUCUUGCGAUACAGUCCAAGCAAUAAACGCGGAAGUUAGAUCCAAACACCCGUUGUGUGGGAGAAGCAUCGAAAUGAACUGUUUAAUCUGCCCAUCAUUUGUGUUGAGAGAUCAGCAGUGUUUGGAUCAACAAAGUGUGACUACUUUGAUAGUGGAAACUGUAUUUAUGGCUUAUUUUUGUGCAUUUAAAGUUCAACCGCCAUUGAUAGUUGUUAGAAGUUGUUAAACCUGUGCAUAUGAAACAAAAAACGCUUUUUGUUUAUCGAUUUAUUGUGAAAUAACGGAAGUUGUGCUUGCUCCCUUUCCUGUUGGGCGGUUGUGAUUUCUGUCCAUUGACUGCGGAGGUGCUCCGGCGUCCGGCAAAAAUAGAAUCGAUAUUUUUGCCAGAUGGCGGAACGGCGGGCGGCGCUGAUUGACUACAACGGGACCGAUUUUGCUGCGGAGUUCAUGCCGGAGCGGAGCGGAGGUAGUGGAAUUGUGGGGUAAGAAGUACUUUAUGCUCAACAACAACAACAAAAAAAGCUGGAACUAAUUACAAAUGAGACUGAAUAGCAAAGUGGUAUUAGUCAGGUGGUAGUUUUUCCUCUGACCAGCAGGGGGCUUUUCCUUAAAAACUGCCUCCUGUGACCAUUAAAGCCCAUCUGAAACCGUAUCUUUUGUCCAUUCUGAAGUGUUUGUGUAAAAGUUAGAAAUAUCAGUCGUAGUCGUAAAUAGAUUCCUGAACAGCCUCUGUUAAGCUCAAGAGGAAUGAUAAGCUAACUACUAGUCUAAACAAAGGCAACAAUGCUCACCAAGUUCAGAGGAGCUUAAACUUCUUCACUACCAUUAUUUUAGCAUUGCAGGUAAUUAUAUUUCACUCUGCAGUUGUAUACAACCACAAAAUGUAACUCUGGUGGAUCCAGAGGUCAAGUUAGGUCAGCUUUACCACUGCAACAAUCUCUGGAUACGGAUUCAUUUGGACUCACUUGAGGUUUAAACAAAAGGUCUCGUCCAAAGACGAGCAUCAAGAUUCCAGAUGGCAGCCAUCUUCAAACAAUUUCAAGCGCCAACAUUUCACACCAGCUCAUUGGAAUGUUUCAUGAACAUUGACAUCGUCAAAAGUUUUGCACUAUGAGCAGACAUUACAAAUAAAAUUCCCGUUGGACUUGAAUGCUUUAUUUUGUUGCUGCAGCUGAGAUUUAUGCAGGUAAAGAAUCAUAAAAUUCAAUAGAAACAACUGUAAUGCAACCUUUACAGAAGUGUAAAGGCUUACAGGCCAGCUUCCUUUUGGACAGAGUUCUAUUUUCCCCACACUUCAGAAAGCGAUCUAUAACGCAUGAGAAACUGAGUAUUUAUUACUUUACACAGAACAUUUGAAAAUGUCCAAAAUAUUCUUAUAAACGUUCAAACUGCAGGCUGCUUCUAUCUUUCUUAUACGGCAUGUGGAUGAGUGCAGAACCACCGUUUCUGACUAGGAGCAUUUUAUUCUGUGCAUUUUGUAACUACUGUUUAACUUUUCCUCAGUUACUGUGACACUUACUGUAAACUCUGUAUGUACCAGGCUGUUUCAAACUGAGCCCUCAGCUAAUAAAAUACACAGUAAUAAUAAUUCUAAUGUAGCACUGAAAGGCUCAUCCCUUGUAAGGAUUUGCUUUUUUCUCCUCCUUCAUUUAAAUACUUUUAAAGUGUUUGUAUCCUUUGUUUGAUUGAACCUUUAGACAAGACCGUGACAGAUACUGUACUUUGAAUCCAAGGCAGCUGCUCUUCACUUCCAUGAGCUACACGCGUGUGCAUGUUGUCACAAAAGGCUGAUUAAGUCACACCAAAGCCUCCUCUGAGUGUCAGACCCACCAUAGCCUUUAAAACAAGCUUCAUGUGACAUGGUUAUAAUAUUCUGUAGUUCAUCAUGAAAACUAUUCCACAGGACACAGCAGUGUAGCUCAACAGGCAGCAGUAGCUCAACAGGUUGAGCGGGUUGUCCAGUAAUCGGAAGGUUGCAGGUUUGAUUCUAGCCUAGUGAACCAGACCAAAUUCUUGCUUUGCAUAUAUAAUAAAUAUAAAAAUAAAAUAAAUAAUAUAUUUAUUUAGUCUGGCUUGCCAGGCUAGUUUGAUCCCGGUUCCGGACAGAGAAUUCUGAUGUUGUGUCCUUGGGCAAGACACUUAACCCACGUUGCCUGCUGGUGGUGGUCGGAGGGACCGGUGGCGCCUGUGCUCGGCAGCCUCGCCUCAGUGCGCCCCACGGCAGCUGUGGCUACAUCGUAGCUCAUCACCAUCAGUGUGUGAAUGUGUGUGUGAAUGGAUAAAUGAUACACUGUAGUGUAAAGCGCUUUGGAGUCUUUACUCUGAGAGGCGCUAUACAAGUGCGGGUCAUUUAUCAUUACACCUAAUUUUAGCUGUUAGUAGUUAAUAACUGCUGAAUUAUCUACAUGUUUAUUUCUUGAACCUUGUUUGACCUGUUCAGGGUCACGGUUAGUUGGGGCUUUCCCUUUCGCACUGUGAUGUGUUUAAAAUUACUUAAUGAUUAUUUUUCACGCAUUAAACGUUUAAUCUGUUUAUUGAACUAUAUUUCACACUUAAUGGUUAUUGUUAAGACAUAUAUAAGAUAGACAUUCUUUGUGGUAGCUGUAACACCAUUUCUCACAGCAGCAACUGUUGCUGAGCAGGUUUGAUAAGAUUCGCAUGAAUCCCUAAUAAUGUGACCCGAGUGUAGAACAUCAGAUAAAGAACACUUCGUAGCAUCAUCACAUGAAUUUUCCUUUUUGUUACUUCUGUCUCGAUUAUGUUGAGUCAAAAAUUAAGGUUUAAAGCAGACAGCUGUUUUUUUUCCCUCAAAAGGCACCAUCUAGAGGCAGAAAAAAUGUACUGCACCAUAAGCCCCUCACCCUACUUCAGUGGUUACAGCUGAAAGCAACACCUCUAAUUUGUGAAUGUGCACCUCUAGCUGGGCAACAGAGAUACAACAUAGUUUCAUAAUUCCCAUUCUCAGGCUAUGCUGUUUAUUCGUCAGAAACGUCGCCAACUUUACAUCAGUCUAUCACCACAAACGCGCACAGUAGUAUUGGUGAAAUUCUGGCAAUACGAUAGGUAUACAGGGGAGACUAUGGCGAUAUAUCACAAUAAAUAGCAAUACAUUCAGCCAGAUGAUAUUUGCACAUUUUUUAGACUGAAAUUAUUGUAGGAAAAUUCAAUAAACUGUCCCAACUGAUACAUAACAUGUUUUACAUUGAGCUAUCUGAACCAUAAUAGAUGGAUUUACAUUUCAGUGGUGGAAACAAAACCAAUUGCCCACUGCUGCCAAGUAGCUGUCGGCAUUUGAAUUGCACCAAAAGAAAAGAAAAUCCACAAAUGUUUGCAAGUAAAUUCUUCCUAAAAUUUGAUACCGGCUAUUGAAUAUCGAUAUAUCGCGAUAAAUUGCCAUAUCGAUAUUUUCUUACAUUCCUAGCGCACAUAAUCUAUAAUUGACAUCUGUACGCUAUUGGCUAAUGCUGAUGGGCACUCUGCGUGAGAAUCUAUGGUACAGGGAGGUGGGCUUAUCAAAAACAAAUUUGAUAAAUUGCCUACAUUAUUUCACAGUAAAAGGUAAGACUAUCACUUAUGGGUUUCUAAAAUAUCUUUCAUAGUUCCUGAAAGUAGGAAAAUUCCAGAUUGCUGAUUUGAUGCAAAAUUUAAGUUUUAUUCUGGAACAAAAAAAAAUAUUCUACUUACUUUGAUGUUGCCCUAAAGUCCUAUCUUGUUUGAAGAACAUGUUAUCACCUCCUGUCAUUUGUGAGAACGCCUUGUCUGUAGGCACCCAUCGUCACACCUAAGGUUUUAAAAGAAACAAGCUAUCGAAGCAACGAGAGAUUUCUUGAAUGAAAAACUCUUCAUUACAAGCUCAGUUCUCAUUGAGCAGUGAGAAUAAACAGCAUCUAUAGCUACACCAACAAGAUUAAAAUAUGUUGAAAAUGUCAGGGAAUAUAAAACAUUGCAAAUAAAAUGUCAUGUAGCUGCUAGCUAACAUCUCUGGUUAUUUAGCAUCAGUUUUGUGAGAAUCUGUAUAUUUAUCAUGCCAAAUAACAUUUAACUAUGUAGACGUGUCUGGAGACCAUGUGAAUAAAACUGGAUUAUGAAAUCA